CCUGUCUGCAGCCACCAGGACAUACCUUUCUUAGGAUCCCUUAAUUCCGUAUCCCAUAUCUAACCUGCAUUCACUUCACCAUACCCAGCGACAGGAUGCUCUGCAAUUUCGGUAUAUAAGAAUCCAUCAGCCUUCCCCAAUUUCUUCACAUCUGUCUUGGAUCAAUUUCUAUUCAAAAUCGAAGCGCAUGCGUCCCUUAUUCCAACUUUUCUCACGCCACAUAGCCGGCCAUUCGAGAAAAGCGCACCUACAGGCUUCGGCAGCGACGGCCUCCACAGCCUUGCUAUCGAUGGCUGCAUAUUCAGCCUCUGUGGCCAAGCAUCCGGGAGUUAGUCCCAAUGAUGCCGCCGCAAAGCCCCAUCAUGUCAAAGACCGCCGGGGCAGGACGACGGGGUUUCGCAAUCCACAUCCUUCGUUCACGAAGUCGAAAACCCUCGAUAUUUUCAUGCUCUUUUUUAAAUGGCAUAUCGGCCUGAUCAAGUUCCCUGAACCUACCGGAAAGGAGGUCUCCGUUGUGCCGGCUCAGUUCCUCCAGUCGCGCAUUGCUUCACCCAACCUGCGGGCUACUUGGCUUGGACAUGCUUGCUACUAUCUUGAAUAUCCAUCGGGGUUGAGGGUGUUAUUUGACCCUGUGAUGGAAAAUCAUUGCACUCCAGUGAGUUUCGUGGGCUUCAAGCGCUACACUCAGCCGCCGUGCGACUUGUCCGCUCUUCCCUACGUGGACGUGGUGGUGAUAUCUCACAACCACUACGACCACUUGUCGUACCCCAGCGUCUGCGAGAUCCAGAAAAACCACCCCAACACUCACUUCUUUGUCCCUCUUGGCUUAGAGAGCUGGUUCAAGAAAGCUGGGAUCGCCAAUGUCACAGAGAUGGAUUGGUGGGACGAUGCUGAGAUCACUUUAUCCCCUGAAGCACAAAAGUCAGACGCGGGCAGGGCGAAAAGCACGGCAUCCUCUAAUGCACCACACGAGCCCAUCAAGGCUCGCAUAUCGUGUCUACCCAGCCAACAUACGUCCUCAAGAAAGGGCUUCGACGAAAACAAGACGCUUUGGAGCUCGUGGGGCAUUGCAUCCGGGGGAAAGUCCGUCUGGUUCGGUGGUGAUACUGGGUACCGAUCAGUACCACAGAUCCCAAAGGACAUCGAUGACUAUGGAUCUGAAUACAGCCACCUGCCAGUCUGUCCGCAGUUCCGCCAGAUCGGCGAGCUUUGCGGGCCGUUUGACCUCGGGCUCAUCCCUAUCGGGGCGUAUGAACCCCGACACAUCUUCUUAGGGGAACAUGCGAAUCCCGUGGAUGCUGUCAACAUAUUCCAGGAUAUUAAGUGCAGGAGAGCGAUGGCCAUCCAUUGGGGAACUUGGGUGCUUACACCCGAGGAAGUGUUGGAACCGCCGAGGCGGCUGAAGGAGACUUUGAGGUUGAAGGGGUUGCCGGAGACGGGUGUUUUUGACGUGUGUGCCAUUGGAGAGAGCAGGGAGUUUUGAGUAUUGGUGGGAGAGCCCUUUGUAAACCUAAUAUUAUUAUUAUUAUUAUUAAAUACGCCGUAGGCUCGAAGCCCCC